GCGCUUUCGUGUAAAAAAUCAUAACUAAAAUCGACGUUUUUCUCAAUCGAUCGUGACAGUUGUCAAAAUUUUUGUGGAAAAAAUUUGUUUUUUUUUGAGUUUUUGUGAGUGAUGGGACGUCGGAGUCGCUCGAAAUCGCCCUACGGGUCUCGGCGGCGGGAUAGGGAACGGGACAGGGAUAGGGAGCGAGAGAGAGAACGCCACAGACGGAAAAGGUCGAAGGAGAGGUCCAGGGAUAGGGAAAGACGGCACGAGAGGGAACCCCGACGGAGGUACUCCCGGUCCUUGACGAGGUCCAGGUCCAGAUCCGUCGAGAAAAAAUCAAAACCGCUGCAGCCGGAAAGACCGGUUGUCACUGCCGCAGACUUGGAGGGUAAAAGUGCCGAUGAACAGGAAAUGAUGAAGUUGAUGGGUUUUUGUAGUUUUGAUACCACCAAAGGGAAGAAAGUUGAAGGUAAUGACGUGGGUGGGGUUCAUGUUAUCUUGAAACGCAAAUACAGACAGUACAUGAACCGCAAAGGGGGCUUCAACCGCCCCUUGGACUUUGUGGCAUAAAGGUUUAUUUACCUCAAUCAUCAGGAGAAAGACUAUACCUCAUGGUGUUAUGUUGUAUACAAAGUUUUGAAGUGUUGUUUCUAAGGGAAGAACUUUACGGGUUGUUCAUCGUAAUUAAGUUUCAAUUUUAUUUGUAAUAACUUUUGUAUUAAUAAACGUAACAAUUAA